CUCUGCCAGCUUAUUAUACCUUCGACCGGUGUACGGUUUUCCUUUUAGUUGCUCCGUUUCUAUGGUGAGGGUGAUAAAACCCGAUUCCAUAUAUACUUUGCAUUAAGAAGUAGAACAUUUAUGAUCUCCACUUUACCAGGAGUAUGAAAAACGUCAACACUGUCUGGCAGUAAGCAGCUCGCCUCUUGCGUCGUCGAGUCGACCGCGAAAGCGACCUCUCGGGGCGUCCUGCGUCAGCUCGACCAUCAAACAGAGGAGCCGAAGCUGGAAACGCACAUGAGGACGAGAACGUGAGGUGUAUAUAAAAGAGAUCGUCAGUCGAUCGGCAGCAGCGACCCGCUGGCAGACACGGGAUAAGAAACCGAAGGGUUCCCCAAGUCAUCACAGCGCAGUGGGUGCCGGAAUGGAAGGCGAACUGAGCAGACUGUGGCCCAAAGUUUAAUCAAUCCCGACGGAGUGAGAUCAGAGGCCUCGGGCUACUUCACGCAGAGAUGAACGAGAGGAGCAGGAGAAGCAGAAGCAGAGCUCAAGCCCCUCCUAAAGGUCCAGAAGAAAUUGUUCACCCUGGCCUGGGCAGUUUGGAGCCAUUUGAUGAAAAUGGCCAGCAAGCCACCGAUGCCGGCUGUAUGAACGAUGAUCGGGGAGGUGCUGUGCAGAUUUCUGCUGCAGUUAAGCAAGAAGAUAUUCAAGGCGGCUUUGCUGGAGUUUCCGAUGAGUGUGUAAUUCAGGAAUCCACCCUCGGUCAGAACAAGGAGGAGGUGUUCUGUGUCAAAGAGGAGGCCUUGGAAGUCGAACUUUCCGCUUUUAACAAAAGCCAGAUGCUUUGUGUGGAGAGUGAAGAUGGAGAUGUGGUUGGUGACAACAAAGUCGAGAAAAGCCAUCUCGGGUGGUCUUUGAAGGAAAAUCCAAGCACUUCUCAACAGGAGUACGAGUUUGAACACAAUGAGAUGAAUGAGGAGAGACUGGAAGAGUUUAAUCCGGACCCUGGUGUCGCUGAGCUGCAAACUCUUCCUGAAAGCUCGGACCAGACUGAAAUGCAUCAGAAUGACCCUACAGGAGACAAAACAUACCGAUGUGAAGAAUGUGGAAAGACUUUUAGACAGGCUGCAAACCUUAGAGUUCACCAGAGAAUUCACACUGGAGAAAAACCGUUCCGGUGUGAGGUAUGUGGAAAGGCAUAUGGCCAGUUCAUAGAUCUUAAACGACACCAGGGAUCUCACACUGGAGAAAAACUGUACCCGUGUACGGAGUGCCCAAAGUCGUAUAGUCGAAAUGAUAAGCUAAUGCAACAUAUGAGAAUUCACUCUGGAGAAAAACCGUAUCAAUGCACCGAAUGUGGAAAGACUUUCGUCGUAGCUGCAAAUCUUAAAUACCAUCAAAGGCUUCACACAGGAGACAAAGCGUAUCAGUGUAAUGAAUGCGGCAAACUGUUUCCCCACCUAUCACAACUGAAACUUCACCAGCGAGUCCACACGGGAGAAAAACCGUACCAGUGUGCAGUUUGUGGAAAGACGUUCAGCCAGGCUAAUGGGCUAAGACAGCACCAGAGGGUUCACACUGGAGAGAAACCGUACCGAUGUACUGAAUGUGGGAAGGCCUUUAGCCAGACUGCCAAUCUACGGCAACACCAGAGGAUUCACACAGGAGAAAAACCGUACCAGUGCAAUGAAUGUGGAAGGAUGUUCAGCCAAGCAACAAAUCUCCAUUGCCACCGGAGAAUUCACACAAGAGAAAAGAGGUCCAGGCGGAGGGAAGGACAAGGGCUUCCUGAAGGAAUGAGCAGGAGGAAUGGACUGAGAUCUUCAGACUCAAACAGUGUGAAUCAUGAACAAGCAGGCCAUCAGGCAGUCACUGUCAAGGAAGAAAAAGUCAGCGUUAAAGAGGAGGAACCAGAAAUGGAAAUUUCUUCUCCUCUUACAGACAAUGCCAAUGAAGAUAGGAGGACUGAUCAACAAUUCAAAGAAAACCAUUGUGGGGGUAUGUUAGUGGGCAGUGGAUCCUCCCCCACACCUCAGCAGGACUGUGAACCUGGCGGUGAGAAUGCAAACAAAGAUGGAGUCAAAGAAAAUUUGGAUGAGACGCCUGUCUCUGAUGACGGCUCACAACAGAGUGACAAAAUUGCUUCAGGAGAAAAAACAUACGAGUGCCAUGAAUGUGGAAAGUCUUUCAGCCGGAACUUCCACCUGAUACAACAUGAAAGAAUUCACAAAGAAGAAAAACCGUACCAGUGUGGUGACUGUGAAAAAACGUUUAGCCAGAAAGCCAACCUCCAGCGGCACCAGAGAAUUCACACGGGAGAAAAACCGUACUCGUGUCCUCUGUGUGGAAAGUCCUUCAGCCAAAAUAUAGACCUCAGGCGCCACCAGAGGACUCACACCGGCGAAAAACCGUACCAGUGCACCGAGUGUGGGAAGGCCUUCAGUCAGUUUGUGAACCUGAGGUUUCACCAGAGGAUUCACACCGGAGAGAAACCGUACCAGUGUGCUGAAUGUGGAAAGGCCUUCGAGACAGUUUCAAAACGCAAGGCCCACCAGAGAAUUCACACUGGAGAAAAACCGUACCGGUGUGAGGUAUGUGGAAAGGCGUACAGCCAAUUCAUAGAUCUUAAACGACAUCAGGGAUCUCACACGGGAGAAAAACUGUACCCGUGUACUGUGUGCUCAAAGUCCUAUACUCGGAACGACAAACUAAUACAGCACAUGAGGAUUCACAACGACCAAAAGCCGUAUCGAUGUAAUGAUUGCGGGAAGACUUUCGUCGUAGCUGCAAAUCUUAGAUACCAUCAAAGACUCCAUACGGGAGAUAAAGCUUUUCAGUGUAAUGAAUGUGGAAAACUCUUUCCGCAUCUCUCGCAGUUGAAACUUCAUCAGCGAGUCCACACGGGAGAGAAACCAUACCAGUGUGGGGUUUGCGGAAAGCAUUUCAGCCAGGCCAACUGUCUGAGACAACACCAGAGGAUUCACACGGGAGAAAAACCCUACCAGUGUACUGAGUGUGGGAAGACAUUUACUCAGACCGCCAAUCUUCGGCAACACCGGAGAACUCACACGGGAGAGAAACCAUACAAGUGUUCUCUGUGCGGGAAGGCGUUCAGCCAAAAUAUAGACCUCCGACGCCACCAGAGGACUCACACUGGUGAAAAACCGUACCAGUGCAGUGAUUGCGGGAAGGCCUUUGGUCGUUAUGUAAACCUGAAGGUCCACCAGAGGAUUCAUACUGGAGAGAAGCCAUACCAGUGCACAGAAUGCGGAAGGAGGUUUAGCCAAGCAACAAAUCUUCACUGCCACCUGAGAAUUCACACGAGAGAAAAGAGGUCCAGGCAGAGGGAAGGACAAG